GGAAAAGGAAAGUGAUCUGGUCUUUGCUUUCACCAUGUCAAAGAGGAUUAAUGAUGCCUUCCCUUUCCACUGUGUUCCCCACCUGUCAUCUUGCUAGGAUCUAGCUACAGAAUGAACAUAGCAGCAGUGUUUAAUGCUCUGCUAGUGUCUGUCCUUGCAGCUGUGCUGUGGAAAUACAUCAGGCUGCGAGAGCACCUCUUUGUGGUGGAAGAGGAGCUGAUCCUUACACGCCAGUCUCAGGAGCUCUCUCAGGUCCAGAUUGAUUACCAUGCAGCUCUUCAAGCACUGGUGGAGGAUGGAACCAGGAUGGUGUGCACGGGCAGGAUGCACACUGACCGCAUCUGCCGCUUCGAGUCCCUCUGUUAUUCCACGGAGGCAGAGGAGUUUGUCUUCUUUCACAGCAACUCUUCAGUCAUGUUGCCCAACCUGGGAUCUAGACGAUUCCAGCCAGCCUUGCUUGAUCUCUCCUCAGUGGAGGACCAUAAUACCCAGUAUUUUAACUUUGUGGAGCUGCCAGCCGCUGCACUGAAAUUUAUGCCAAAGCCAGUCUUUGUGCCUGAUGUGGCACUGAUCACCAACAGAUUCAACCCAGACAACUUGAUGCACGUCUUUCACGAUGAUCUUCUCCCAAUCUACUACACCAUGCAGCAAUUUCCAGACUUGGACCAGGAGUCACGGCUGUUCUUCAUGGAGGGGUGGAGUGAAGGCCAGCACUUCGAUCUGUACAAGUUGCUGAGUAACAAGCAGCCACUCCUGAAAGAACAGCUUAAAACUCUGGGCCGGCUCCUUUGCUUUACGAAAUCCUACGUGGGACUGUCCAAAAUCACCACGUGGUACCAGUAUGGGUUUGUGCAGCCCCAAGGCCCAAAGGCAAACAUCUUAGUUUCUGGCAAUGAGAUCAGGCAGUUCACCAAGUUCAUGAUGGAGAAGCUGAAUGUCAGCUUGGAAGAAAGCUCCAGUGAGGAGUAUAUUAUUGUAUUCAGUCGAACAAUCAACAGACUAAUCCUAAAUGAGGCAGAACUAAUUUUGGCACUUGCCCAAGAGUUUCAGAUGAAAACCAUUACAGUCUCUUUAGAGGAUCAUUCAUUUUCUGAUAUUGUACGUCUGAUCAGCAAUGCAUCCAUGCUGGUCAGCAUGCAUGGUGCCCAAUUAAUGAUGUCUCUCUUCCUGCCAAGAGGGGCUACUGUGGUGGAGCUGUUUCCUUAUGCUAUCAACCCUGAACACUACACCCCAUACAAAACACUGGCAACACUCCCUGGCAUGGAUCUCCAGUAUAUUGCUUGGCAGAACACUGAUAGGGAAAACACUGUUACCUACCCUGACAGGCCUUGGGAUCAGGGAGGAAUUGCUCACUUAGACAAGGUGGAGCAGGAGCGCAUCAUAAAGAGCAAAGAGGUCCCACGGCACCUCUGCUGUCGGAACCCUGAGUGGCUUUUCCGUGCCUACCAGGACACAAAAGUAGAUAUCCCCUCCCUUAUCCAAGUGAUCAGGCAGACUGUGAAGUCUAAGCCUGGACCCAAGAAGCAGAAGUGGACUAGUGGUCUGUACCCUGGCAAGGUGAGGGAUGCCAAAUGUCAAGCCUCUGUCCAGGGCACUAGUGAAGCUAAACUUGCCGUGUCUUGGCAGAUUCCUUGGAACCUUAAGUACCUGAAGGUCAGGGAGGUAAAAUAUGAAGUAUGGAUACAGGAGCAAGGUGAAAACACUUACAUGCCUUAUAUUUUGUCCCAUCAGAAUCACACCUUUUCAGAAAACAUUAAGCCAUUCACAAUAUAUCUGGUAUGGAUACGAUGCAUCUUUAACAAAAAUCUCCUUGGACCUUUUGCAGAUGUGCUUUUGUGUAGUACAUAAUCCACUGUCAAAUCGGCAGCAUUCUGUCCUGUGCACCAACCCAUUAGUGGCUUAAAAACCUAUUGUCCUGUAGUUUUUAGAGGGCUUCAAAGGACUAGACUAUGUCAGUGCCUAAGUGGCCAUUUUAUUGCAUUUCCUGUGUGUUUUAAAGGUGGUAUUUAUUUCCAUUUAGUGUAAAAAAAACAAACUGCUCUGUUCUUGAAAAGAACUUCCAAAACUGAAAUUACAAACUGAACACCUGUAAUUGAAAAGCAUAAUGAAAGUAAAUUGUGUGUACCUUGGUAGUGAUUUGAAUCUCUUUCUAUUGUGUAGUGAGUAUUUAAGCACAGCAUUUAACUGCAAUUAAUUACAUGGUUAGAUGGACAAUUUUCAUCAGUUUCUCCGUUGUAACUUAUUUUUUAAAAAAGACAAGCUGUAUCUGUACCACUGAGUAAAAAAAUUGGUACAAGAAAAUUCCUUAAAUUGUUGUAAACUUCUUCAAGACGCCUUUCCUUUUAAUGUCUGUCAGAAUGAUAGUUCUUACAGAAGAAUUAUCCAUGCUCUUGAAGUGCAUGUGUGGGUAGCUCUUUUUUCAUAUUUUGGCUGAGAAGAGGAAGACAAUGGCACCAGUGCUAUUUAAAAUCAAGUUUUACUGUACCUGAGUAACCACAUGAAAAGCUGGAGUAAUGGAUGGAACAUGAAAAGGGAUGUGAUGGGUACAACUGCUGAGUGGAGCUUCUGUAGGGGCAGAGGAACUACUCUGUGAAUAGGGAUUUACUGAGCAGAAGGGUGGUAGUCGUUGGCACCGAAUUACAAGGCAAGCUUCUGAAAGGGGCCUUCAGUGGGCUGAAAUUUGGAGAACUUUAUUUCUCAAGCAGUCAACGGAAUCUCUUUGGGCACCUUUUUCCAGGAGAUCAGAUGCGCUGGAAAAAAUAUGUUUAUUCAGGUACUGCAGUGUAAAAAGAAAUCUUGCUUGCAAUAUAGGGAUUGUAUUAAAACCCACACACCAUACAGGAACAUCUGGACCAAGGCCUUAUUACCCUACCGUGAGCUUACUUUACCUCCAACAGGUUGCAGUAAAUACAUUACAUUUAAAGGCUAAGGGCCUGUUCCACAGCUGUUGUCAAUUGGCAGAACUCCAUGGACUGCAGAGAUGCUAUUCUAAAUUAAACCAGCUUAAGAUUUAUACUGUUGUCUUAGCCUAGACCUUUUUUUUUAUUUUGCUUCUCCACCAAAGCACUGUGGUUCCACUCCAUUUCUUCUCCAUUCACCA